AUGGCCAAAACCGCCUGGCUGCGCUGCCGGGUGCUGGAGGGGAAGGACCUGCCCGCCAAGGACCUGUCCGGCUCCAGCGAUCCCUACUGCGUGGUCAAGGUGGACAAUGAGGUGGUGGCCAGGACAGCCACCGUGUGGAAGAGCCUGAACCCUUUUUGGGGUGAGGAAAUCACACUGCUUCUGCCCCGUGGAUUCCACAGCCUCGCCAUCAACGUGCUGGAUGAAGACACCAUUGGGCAGGACGAUGUCAUUGGCAAGGUGUCACUCAGCCACCAGCAGAUCUCGGCCGAGCCACGGGGCAUUGACAGCUGGCUCAGCCUGGCACCUGUGAGCCCCGACCAGGAGGUGCAGGGUGAGAUCCACCUGGAGCUGCAGGUCCCUGAGCGGGGCCACCCACGGGUGCUGCGCUGCCACCUCAUCGAGGCCAGGGACCUGGCCCCCCGGGACGCCUCGGGCACCUCGGACCCCUUUGGCCGGGUGUCGUGCUGCGGGCACACGCUGGAGACAGCCGUGGUGAAGAAAACGCGGUUCCCGCGCUGGGAUGAGGUGCUGGAGUUCGAGCUGCCAGAGGGGGAGCUGGGAGAGGCUGUGCUGAGCGUGGAGCUUUGGGACUGGGACAUCGUGGGCAAGAACGACUUCCUGGGGCGGGUCGAGUUCUUCUUGGACACCCUCUGCCCAGGCCCCACCAGGGGCUGGUUCCAUCUCCUGCCCUUCCCCAGCACCACCGAGGACCACGGGGGACAGCUGGGUGCCCUGAGGCUGGCAGUGAGGCUGCUGGAGGACACGGUCCUGCCCUCCCACCACUACCAGCCCCUCAUCCAGCUCCUCACCGAGCCCAUCCUCUACCCAGCCCAGAACCCCGAGGGCACAGCCCUAGCAGUCCUGGAGGAGGUGACCUCAGGGGAGAGCAGGCAGGACGUGGCCACCAAGUUGGUGAAGCUCUUCUUGGGCCAAGGGCUGGCUGUGCCCCUCCUGGACUACCUCACCAGCCGCGAGCUGGCCAGGACCACUGAUCCCAACACCCUCUUCCGCUCCAACUCGCUGGCCUCCAAAUCCAUGGAGCAGUUCAUGAAGGCGGUGGGGCUGCACUACCUGCACGAGGUCCUGAAGCCGGUGGUGAACCGCAUCUUUGAGGAGAAGAAAUAUGUGGAGCUGGACCCUGGCAAGAUGGAGCUGAGCCGGGGCAGGAGGAUCUCCCUCAAGGGGUCCCUGUCGGAGGUGCAGGUGCGGGAGAGCAGCCUGGAGCUGCUGAAGGGCUACCUGGGGGACAUCCUCGAUGCCAUCGUGGGCUCGGUGGACAAGUGUCCCCUCCCCAUGCGGGUGGCAUUCCAGCAGCUCCGCAGGCGGGUGAAGCAGCCAUUCCCCUCGGCACAGCACGAGGAGGUGCGGUACUUCUCCAUCAGUGGGUUCCUCUUCCUUCGCUUCUUCGCUCCUGCUGUGCUCACCCCGAAGCUCUUCGGGCUGCGGGAGCAGCAUGCGGAGCCCGGCACCGGCCGCACGCUCCUGCUGCUCGCCAAGGCUCUGCAGAGCAUCGGGAACCUGGGGCUGCAGCUGGGGCAGGGCAAGGAGCCGUGGAUGGCCCCGCUGAAUGCCGUCCUCCUGCCCAGUGUCACCCGUGUCCGGGCCUUCCUGGAUGCACUGGUCACCGUGGUGGGCGAGGUGCCAGUGCCACAGGGACAUUGCCAGCCCUCGGCCACCAUCAAGGAGGGUCCCCUGCACACCUGCCCAGAGCUGGGGGAGGCACUGCUGCCCCGCUUCGCCUUCAAGAAGAGGCACUUCAGGCUCAGCACCCAGGCCCUGGCCUAUGCCAAGGUGCCCCAGGGGCAGGUGCUUGGCUCCAUCCCAGUGGAGCAGAUCCGGGCAGUGGAGCAGGUGGACAGGGGCACCUUCCAGCACCCCCACGUGCUGCAGGUGGUGGCACAGGAUGGCACCGGGCAGCUCCACACCACCUACCUCCAGUGCAAGAGUGCCAUGGAGCUGUGGCAGUGGCUGUGGGCGCUGCGCCAGGCCACCAGUGCCAACAGGGACAUGCUGCCAACGUUCCACCCCGGCACCUUCCGCGCCAGCCGCUGGACCUGCUGCCUGCAGCCCACCCGUGCCGUGCCCGGGUGCAGCCGUGCCCACGGCGCCGUGGUGCUGGGGGAAUGGAGCGACCUCAGGGACCCCGCGGUGGCAGCACAGAGCCUCUAUGGGCACCUGCGGGCAGCGCUGGCCGGGGGUCCCGAGGGCAGCGCGGUGGCCGGGCCCCCCUGCCCGGGCCAGGCAGCGGGACCCGCUGGGGACAGGCUGCAGGAGGUGCUGCGAGACCUGGACAUCGCCCACGACGCCUUCGCCCGCCGCGACGAGACCCCAGAGCCACCCCCAAGUCCCCUCCCUGUCCCCAGCGUCCCCCCCUCGGCCCAGCCCGGGCGGGGCACAGAGGGGACGCGGGGCCAGCAGCCCGGCACGGGGUGUAUUCCGUAA